GGCCGCAUUUAAUGGUGCGAGAGCGCUGGCGGCGGCGGGCUCUCCUGUGGCCCAGCGCAGCGGACCGUCUAAGUAAGCCAGGAUGUCGGGGACCCGAGCCUCCAACGACCGGCCCCCCGGCGCGGGCGGAGUCAAGCGGGGGCGGCUACAGCAGGAGGCGGCGGCGACAGGCUCCCGCGUGACCGUGGUGCUGGGCGCGCAGUGGGGGGACGAGGGCAAAGGCAAGGUGGUGGACCUGCUGGCCACGGACGCCGACAUCGUCAGCCGCUGCCAGGGCGGCAACAACGCCGGGCACACAGUGGUAGUGGACGGCAAGGAGUAUGACUUCCAUCUGCUCCCCAGCGGCAUCAUCAACACCAAGGCCGUGUCGUUCAUCGGCAAUGGUGUGGUCAUCCACUUGCCAGGCUUGUUUGAAGAGGCGGAGAAGAACGAGAAGAAAGGUCUGAAGGACUGGGAGAAACGACUCAUCAUCUCUGACCGGGCCCACCUUGUGUUUGACUUCCACCAGGCAGUGGAUGGGCUGCAGGAGGUACAGCGUCAAGCGCAAGAGGGGAAGAACAUUGGCACCACCAAGAAGGGAAUUGGACCAACUUACUCUUCCAAAGCCGCCCGGACAGGCCUCCGCAUCUGCGACCUCCUGUCGGAUUUUGAUGAGUUUUCCACCAGAUUCAAGAACCUGGCCCGCCAGCACCAGUCCAUGUUCCCCACCCUGGACAUAGAUGUGGAAGGUCAACUCAAAAGGCUCAAGGGCUUUGCUGAGCGGAUCAGACCCAUGGUUCGAGACGGUGUCUACUUCAUGUAUGAGGCACUCCAUGGCCCCCCCAAGAAGAUCCUGGUGGAAGGUGCCAACGCAGCCCUUCUUGACAUUGAUUUCGGAACCUACCCCUUUGUGACUUCCUCCAACUGCACCGUGGGCGGCGUGUGCACAGGCCUGGGCAUCCCGCCUCAGAACAUAGGUGACGUGUAUGGUGUGGUAAAGGCCUACACCACCCGUGUGGGCAUUGGGGCCUUCCCCACGGAGCAGAUCAAUGAAAUUGGAGAUCUGCUACAGAACCGUGGCCAUGAGUGGGGGGUGACCACAGGCAGGAAGAGACGCUGCGGAUGGCUGGACCUAAUGAUCCUAAGAUACGCUCACAUGGUCAACGGCUUCACUGCGCUGGCCUUGACCAAGCUGGACAUCUUGGAUGUUCUGAGUGAGAUUAAAGUUGGCAUCUCCUACAAGCUCAAUGGGAAGAGGAUACCUUAUUUCCCUGCUAACCAGGAGAUACUGCAGAAGGUGGAGGUAGAGUAUGAAACACUGCCUGGGUGGAAAGCAGACACCACCGGUGCCAGGAAGUGGGACGACCUUCCCCCACAGGCCCAGAGCUAUGUGCGGUUCGUGGAGAAUCACUUGGGUGUGCCAGGUGGGUACCAUUGGAUGCCCCAAGUGGCCUGUAUCCCAACACAAGGCCUGGUGAGAAAUAAGAACCCCCAGGUAGUAACCACAUGAAUGGAGGAGACAAGA